AUGCGAAUUAAAACUUGUUAUGUUUAUAUGACCGUAUUAAUGAUUCAAGCUGGAUUACUUAUCUAUUAUAAAAAUAAAUAUGAUGCAGCUUAUGCUUUUUUAAAUAUUUCAUAUAUCGAUACAUUCUGGCAUCCAAAUGAGAUUACAUCGAUUGUUCAUCCUAAGCGAGUGCCUGAAGUAUCGUUCAAUCGUAGUUUUGUCGUGGCUAUGGUUUGUUGUCGAGAUGUCGCUAGAUUUUUACCACAUUUUCGUCAAAAUAUCGAAACUAUUUUGACAAUUUUCAAAGAUUAUCGUUUACUUUUGGGUGAAUCCGAUUCAAUAGAUGAUACAUUACCUUAUCUAAAUAAAUGGUCGUCGACGAAUUCAAAAGUACUUACUUAUACUUAUGGUAAUUUAACAAAGACGUACUCAACACGACGUUCUGAUCGAAUAGCUUAUUGUCGAAAUCAUUUAUUGAAUACAAUUCGUGAAAAACAAUGGAUUUCUCAAGCACAAUUUCUUCUUAUUCUUGAUGCUGACAUCAAUGCUAAUCCGAUUCUUUCUCUCGAUAAUUUUCUUACUAACUUCCAUUACAAUCUAAAUGAAUGGGGUGCAAUGACAGCAUCUCAAACUAUACGUUAUUAUGAUAUUUGGGCACUUCGAUCAACAGUCGUUAAUUACGAUUGUUGGAAAGAAGUAUCAAAAUAUCCACAAUAUUCUAAUCUUGCUUCUAAAAUCUAUAUUGAUGUACAUACUAAACCUAUUCCAAAAGAUUACAAUCUCAUUCCUGUGCAGUCAGCUUUUGGUGGCUUUGCAAUUUAUCAAACGCGUUAUUUGACUAAUUGUAUAUAUAAUUCAUCCGAUAAUGAGUCAGUUUAUGGAAAAUGUGAACAUGUAUCAUUUAAUGAAUGUGUUAAUCGUAAUGGUGGAAAAAUAUUUGUUAAUCCAGCAUUUCAGAAUUCGGAUGGAUUACCCACUUAA